AUGGCUUCCGUAGCGUGGCUCGCUUGCCUUGUGGUUUUCUCCAACGUGAUCCUGAUCCAAGCCCAAUUUGGGGGCUUCGGAGCGCCAGGAUGCGGUGGUUAUGGAGCUCCUCCACCAUACCCCAUCGUGGUGAGAUCCAACAAUGAUGAUGACAGCUUCAAGCACAUCCUGCCGAUCCUCCUCCUCCUGCUCUGUGACGGAGGUUACGGAGGCUACGGUGGUUACGGCGGUGGCUUUGGAGGCGGUUGCGGGGGCGGCUGCGGUGGCGGUUGCGGCGGCGGCGGUGGCAACUGCUGCCAAAACAUCCCCAUUCCCUACCCCAUCCCGAUCCCCAUUAACAGCCCUGUUAUCAACAGCUGCCCAUAAGUCUACUGUUGUUCCAUAUGCCAUAGAGAGAUCAUCGUCUUACCAGCCUUCUGCAGUUCACUGCUGAUCCUCAAUGAGUGCCAACUAUCUGACUCAUGACGAUUUACGUGGCAAACAGUUUUAAUAGCAUUUAUCACCCUUUUGUGUUACAAUAGUUUGCUUUCUUAAUAAGGAGUUUUUUCUUGACAUGUAUGUAUGUAUAUUAUGUUACUUAAUAAAUAACUAAAUCACUA